AUGCGGCAAAUACGUCUAUUCGGUGCACCCAGCACGGGAAAGAAGACUUUGGUCGGCAACCUAAUGAUGAGCUGUGGUCUAAGAAUGUCAAUUAUGGAAAAGCUGCAACGCAAAGGCAUUCAAAGAUAUGAUCGGAUGACAGAGUUCUUUAUCGAAGAAAAUAUUCCGUUAUCGUUCGAGACUAGAAGCGGCCCAUGGGAAAUUACCAAUAGCAACGAUCCUGAUGUUGUGUUAUAUUUGGUGGAUGCUAGCGCCAGUACUGAGACGAAUAUCAUUGAUCUCGGGACUGCUGGAGAUGCGACAAUUGGUAUCUUGGAAAGGUGUACCAGGUUUAUCCUUAUUGUCAACAAAAUGGAUAACCUAGACUGGUCAGCGGAACAUUUUCAGAUUAUCAUCAACCGUGCCACCAGCGAGCUACAGAGAGACAGUAUUAAUAUCAAAAAGUUUAAUAGCGUGGCGGUGUCGGCCCUUCAUGGAGAUAAUAUCAUCCAAAAAUCCGGUGAUCCCAUGUGGAGGACGCUUGUCCAGACCCUUGAUCUUGAAUCAAUAUUGUAA